AUGGAUAUGAAUCGUGGAUAUCAAUUUGGCGGAGAGGUGUUGGAGCGAAGACACUCUGAUACGUGUAUCCCGCAGCAACCGCCGAUUAAUAUGUCAAUCGCUUCUAAACAACCUCAUAACGCCGAAUACACACACCCGCACUUUGCCAUGAUAUACCUCGACCAUAAUGGUCAAUGGCAACUGCAAGCCUCGCCUUCGAUUGCAGGCUGUGAAGGCGCCAUCUUCACACCAGAUGUUACAGACCGAUUCAUAGAAAUGACUGGCCAGACCCCACAGACCAGCCAGCAGUUUACAAACUCAGUCCAAGCACCCCACUCUCCUUGGGACGAGCAACCAUCUUCGGGAUGGGGACCAACCGGACAGGCUAGACAGGCCGAGAUGAUACCGUUCCAAUGGUCGUCACAACAAAGCCGAAAGAAGUCCAAGCGUACCGGUGGCAUGCUCAAGUCUCGACCUAAAUCUAGCUCACCACCACCUACCACACCUCCACCCGGACGAACUGUCCUUCGUGUCGGUAACCGGGCGCUACUGCGACGGUACUACGAGAAGGCAUUCGAGGACUUCCAGCAACUCAACUGCCGCGCUAUUGCGAAAUCAUAUAUCAAGCUUGUUGAGCCGAGGAAGCAGGUCCAUUAUCCGUACAAUGGACGCAGAGUCAUUGCCGGUGUCUCACAGCGUGUUGACCCGGAGUUCACCAAGCCUGCGUGGUGGCCCGCUGGUGUCUUACACAAGGAGCCUGAUCAUCUACUCAAGCCUGACCGACUGCGACUUCUUGUUCAUAUACUUUGUGAGCUAAAGGAUAGCCACGGGGUUACAACAGACAAGCUGCGAGACGCUGGCCAAGACGUGAGACGCCAGAUUACACCGGCCCACCGGCUGCAGGUCCUAGACGAGAUCUACUUUGUGCGACAGAUGGAAGAACAGUUCCUGGAUGGUGAAAUCGACGCCAGCACCUUGAUUCAGGUAACACAAACGCAUCUACCAGAAGCAAUCUUCCAAGACAGCGAUGAGCUAUCACGUGCACACGCAGCACCGGUAACAUCUAUGAUCGAAGCUGAAAAUGACAUGCGCGGUGCAGGUGAUGAGCCCGCUAUCUCCACGCUGGAAGAAGAUGACUCAAAGCUACACCACUCACAUGGGUUGCCCCUCUCACCCACCACUAGCGAGUCAAGUGGUCCCCACAGCCCGGCAGGCAGUUAUGGCUACCCGAUGGGUAUGGCACCAUCAGUGCAUGUAAUCCCCCCUCUUGAAUCGUCGAAUAUCACAAAACCUAUGCAUCCAGCCCCGAGUUAUCACCCUGGAUACUACUCGCAGCAGUUUGUGUCUGAUAAAGGGCCCGGGUUCUGGUCACAAGCAAACCCUGCAUCGCAGUUUGGAUAUUGA